UUUGUACUUGGUAUAUGCAUACGUACCUAUGCAGAUGACAAUAUGAUAAGUGGCCGCGAGGUACGGUGGAAUGAUCUAUAGAGUAGAUUUUUAAAUAAAGAAAGAUUUUUUGGUAAUUACCAAGGCAAAGUGUCAUUCAAAAUGAAACGUCCACUUGAAGAUCAAGACAAUGGGUAUGAGAAAAACCCUAUCGUUUUUCUGGACAUCGCCGUCGACGGUGAAAAAGUGGGACGCGUCGUGCUCGAGUUAUUCAAACACUUGGUGCCAAGAACAGCUGAAAAUUUCAGAGCGCUUUGCACCGGAGAAAAGGGAAUCGGAUUAAAUGGAAAACCCCUGCACUACAAAGGCUCCUUUUUUCACAAAGUCGUGCCUCAAUGCAUGAUUCAGGGUGGUGACAUUAUAAAUUUCGAUGGCUCUGGAGGGGAGAGCAUAUACGGGUCAAACUUUGAGGAUGAGAGUUUUGAAUACAAAAGUUUAGAACACGGAUGUCUCGUGAUGGUCAACGAAGGGUCUAAGAAUUCGAAUAGUUCCCAAUUUGUCAUCACCACUGUACCUUGCUCUCAUUUAGAUGAAACAAACGUUGCAUUUGGAAAAGUGAUCAAAGGGAUGGGCGUCGUGUUUGAAGUAAAUGAGGUGGAAACAAUUAAAGAUGUGCCACAAAAGGAAAUACGUAUAGUGGAUUGUGGGGAACUCAAAAGAGGUGAAUCAUGGGGAUUGGAGGAAAGAGAUGGUACAGAAGAUGUGUUUCCUCCUUGGCCAGAGGAUUGGGAUUUAGAUUUAACUGCUAACAAAAUCGAUAUUUCCUACAUUGAAGAUGUUGUAAAAAAAAUCAAAGACUCUGGCAAUCAUUAUUUUUCAAAAGAAGAUUAUGCAACAGCGGAGCGGAAGUAUACAAAGGCGUUGAGAUAUAUCGAGUGGGGGACGAAAUUGAAUGACUCGACCGAAAAGUCGAGUGAGAUUACAGAGGGAGGAGAACUGAAAGUCGCUAUUCUAUCAAAUCUUGCGGCAGUGAAAUUAAAACGAGACCAAUAUAGGGAAGCCCUGAAAAUUUGCAAUAAGAUUCUCAACGUUGAUAGAAACAAUUGCAAAGCAAUGUACAGAAGAGGUCUAGCACAUAUGGGUCUAAACGAAUAUCAACUUGCUCUGAUGGAUAUGAAACAAGCAUUGGAAGAGAUGCCCAAUAAUAGGGAGAUCAUACAGAAAAUGGAAAAAGUGAACAAGAUUAUACAAUCGUACCUGGUUUAUGAAAAAGAGAUAUGCCUGAAAAUGUUCAAAUGAAAUUUAUGUACAUACUAUGUAAAUGCACACACUCGCGGAAACGGAAUUUUGUAAACGGUUAUAUGGAGUCUGUUAUCAUGAAGGAUUAAAUUUAUCAAUAUUUGAGUUAAGGCCUAUAUAUUUCUUUGUUAAAGAAGCUGGCUUGGAAAUUUUUAUGAUCAUUAUUUAAGAUUACAAACAAGAACUGAUUGAUUCAGGCUUGGCUAUACGCUGCUGAUUUCCUAAAAAAUGUCAAUUCAUUAAUUCAAACAUAUAGAACAAUCCGAGUACAUGGUAUUAAGUUUAGUGACUUUGUAAUGAAUCAAAUUUAUUGAUCUAAUUCUCAUGUAUAGCGGACAUUGGAAAUUGUGACUCAAGCUCGAGCUUUUUACGUCACUUUAUCGGAUGAUGUUUAAGAUUGUUAAAACUGCAGAAUUUUGUUAAAUCUACUUUCCAGCACUGAUAAUACGGCAAAAUUGUAAAUUCAUGAUUAUGGAGCCAGUUACAUGCCUGAUGUGUUAAUAAAUGAAUAAAGUCAAAAGGAA